AUGACAGCUCUCAUGGAGAAAGAAUGUCCAUUAGCACCGUUUGAGGCAAUUAUUAAACAAUGUCUAGUUUACGCUCGUGGUUUCAAUAGUGUCUCUUUUCAAUUUAUUAAACGAGCUGGAAAUAAUCUUGCCCAUGAGUUGGCUAAGUUGUACGAGAUGACGGACUUGGAAGGAUUUAUACUCCCCCAGGGCUCUUGCGAUCCUUACCUUUGCCAACUUUUGCGCCCUCGCACAAAAUCGCUUUUCAUUCAAACUCCCAUUCUCCCUGGAUCUGUGGUGAAGGGAUUUGGUGUGGCUAAAGUAAUAAAGGUGUCUGGUAAUAGUGAUAAUGAGCUGAAGGAAGGAGAUUAUGUAUGGGGAAUUACAGGGUGGGAAAAUUACAGUUGGAAUUUUGAUCCUGAAAAGCUGUUAACAAAGAUACACAACAGUUACACACAACUGCCUCUCUCCUACUAUGCUGGCAUCUUAGGCAUGCCGGGAAUUGCUGCAUACGUGGGGUGGAAUGAAAUAUGCUCCCCGAAGAGAGGAGAAACAGUUUAUGUUUCUUCGGCUGCAGGUGGGGUCGGUCAUCUCGUCGGGCAAUUCGCGAAAAUGAUGGGUUGCUAUGUUGUUGGAAGUACCAGCACUAACGAAAAGGUUGAUCUAUUAAAGACGAAGCUUGGGUUCGAUGAUGCUUUCAACUACAAAGAAGGAGAUUUGCGCUCAAAUUUGAAGAGGUAUUUCCCAAAGGGCAUCGACAUAUACUUUGACAACGUAGGAGGGCAAAUGUUGGAGGAAGUGCUUCUUCAAAUGAACAUCCACGGAAGAAUUGCGGUUUCAGGGUCAAUUUCGCAAUACAAUUUGAUUGGACCAAGUGAAGGCGUUCGUAAUAUGUUUAGCCUAAUUGAAAAACGUCUCACUAUGCGAGGCUUCGUUGAAUUAGACCACAAGCAAAUAAUUCCUAAGUAUGUUGAUUGGGUCGUAAAGAUGUUGGAGGAGAAGAAGGUAAUAUAUGUCGAAGAUGUGAGUGUAGGUUUGGAGACUGCAGCUUCUGCUUUUGUUGGCAUAUUUCAAGGCCACAAUAUUGGUAAACAAAUUGUUGUUGUUGCCAAUGAUUGAUUCUUUUGUUUUUCUUUUCGCUAAAAAGGUUGAUCAAUAAGAAAAGACGGAUCGUGGUUUAGUUUGCUAUAUUUACGGGAUCACUGUCUAUUUAUCGAGCUCUCGGCCGUGAGAUUGCUUAUGUAUGAUUUUCGGUUGUUGAGUCAGACAUGGUUGUUUAACAUUUGCGAU